AUGUCACCUACUUGUAAUUGUCUGCAUGACACCAUACCUAAUGGUCUCCCACGUGAAUUACAUGAACAAUUUAAAGAUCCUAAUCAUCCUGCAAAUUUAAUUUGUGAAUUAUGUAGAUUAUUUUAUGAUAAUAAUUGGGUUACAGGAACUGGAGGAGGAAUUUCAAUUCGUGAUGUUGAAGGUCCAAAUCCAAAUAUUGUUUAUAUUGCUCCAUCAGGAGUUCAAAAGGAAAGAAUUCAACCAUGGGAAAUGUUUGUUGUUGAAUUACCUGAUGAAAAAAUAUUAAGAACUCCUAAUGAUAUUCCAAAGGAAUUAACUAAAUCUUAUAAAUAUAAACAAUCAGCAUGUACUCCAUUAUUUAUUAGUUGUUAUACAUUAAGAGAUGCAGGAGCAUGUAUUCAUACUCAUUCUCAAAAUGCAGUUAUGAUAACUUUAUUAUAUGAAGAUCAAUCAGUUUUUAAAAUUAAUCAUAUAGAACAAAUUAAAGCAUUACCAAGAUUAGAAUAUAAUUCAAAAUCAGGUAAAGUUGAAAAAAUUGGAAGUUUAGAAAAUUUUGAAACUUUAAUAAUUCCAAUUAUUGAUAAUGUACCUCAUGAAGAAGAUUUAGUAGAAUCUCUUGAAAAGGCCAUUAAAGAUUAUCCUGGAACUUCAGCUGUAUUAGUUAGAAGACAUGGGAUUUAUGUAUGGGGUGAAACUAUUUGGAAAGCUAAAGUUUAUAAUGAAGCUAUUGAUUAUUUAUUAGAAUUAGCUAUCAAAAUGAAAAUUGCUGGAAUAAAUCCAAUAAAGGAUUAG